UCAUUUUGUCUACUUAAAAUACUAACCACUACCAGAACUGUGCUGUAUCUGAUUUUAAACAUAUGAAUUAAAAGAAUGACUAUAUAAUUAUUUAUUCAAAAAGAAAUAGUUAGACGCAUAUGGCCCGCCUUGCUCAAAUUCUUGAUGAGGUUUCAUCACUGAAAAUCAAAACCAGAAAUGAUGCCAUUGAAGAACUUCGAGCUUUUAUAGUUUAUUCUAGAAAUAGAAAAGACUUAAAGGAACAGGAUUGCUCGGUUAUUCAACGAAUCCUUAAGCGUUUAUUUGAAGUGGAGAGAGAAAUCAACUAUCAAAACACCAAAAGGCAGGUUUCUAUAGCUUCCAUAAAUGAUCGGUUUCAAAAGUUAGGCAGUUUGUUUCGACUCUAUGUAGAAAGCUUUAUUCUAGUCUUUACUGAGUCUCAAAUACCAAAAUUAUUGAAUUUGAUUCAGAGAUUCACAUAUUCUCCCAAAGGUACAAUAUGUGAUCCAGUCUGUUUGGAUUUUGGAAAAUCUUUACAUCUCUUAUUUUCUCACUCCCCUCAUGUACAACAUCUGCAAUUUAUUGAUUGGCAGAAUAUGGUGCUUUAUUGCUCCAAAGCUGUGGAAGACCUUAGUUUCGUGGAUGAAUCCUACGUGAGUGAUAGUGAAGAAGAAAUGUUAGCUUCACAGAGUUCUAAAAGUGAUAAAUCUAUAUGGCGGUCUCAUGAUACUAUCCGAAUUAAGCAGGAAAUAGUGGAGUAUAUUACAGUUAUAAAACUUUUAAUGGAUUGGUUUGCGGCACCGAUUCAUCUGGUGCAAAAUGAGCUGCUAUGUUUUCUUCGAAACUUUUUUAGGACUUUUAAUGAAGAGACUAAUGCUCACUUGCCUGCAUUGAAUUGCCUAUAUCGAAUGUGCGUUUAUAUUGUGACUAAUGACCGAUCUGCAGUAUUGCAAGUCACGGAGCUUAUUUUCCAAAUAUUAGAAAUAAGUCAGAAAUGGAAAAGGUCUACACUAAGGAGUUUGUUAUUGCAAUGUUUAGCAGCUUCGUUUCCCAUAUGGUCUAACUGUACUAUAUGGCAAUUAAGUUCCUCUCAGUCAUUCUUUAGUUUUGAUUUGUUAGAAUCUUCUUUUGAUAUUCUUAAUAGUAUGCUGCAAGUUUACGGUGAUGUAUCUCACUUCAACUUGUCUAUGUUUAUGUUCGAUGCGACUCAACGGAAACGGAACUUUGCUUCUCUAUUCCACCCAGAUUUUUUUCUUCCUUAUGAAGUAUCGGAUAAGAGCCACUUGGAUCUUUAUUUUAUUUACUUAUUUAUGGCUCAAGUCGUGUGUUUAAUGGAACAUUGUAUUAACAUGCGUUCCAUCUCAAAUUUUCCUAAGAAGCGCAGAAACAACAUUUCUUUUUCAAGCUUAUUAAUAAGCAUUAAUUCACCGGAUGUACAAGAAUCUUCUUUUUCUGUGCAAAUUCUUUCAAUAAUCGUGUCCAUUUCAUCCAUGUUGAGUCCUGAAAAAGUACGUGACCUUACUAAGAAUUCACUUGUUAUAGCUGAAGAAAAGAGUGUAUCAAAUUGCUGGUAUUAUUUUCUUUUAUCUAAUGUUUGCUAUAAUAAGGCUUAUAGUAUAGUCCUGUCUGAACCAGUUCUCAAAAGCAUUCUUGCUUUAUCAAUUCGGGGUUUGUUAUACAGUGAAACUUCUUCAGUGUGCUAUCAUAUACUAUCCUAUUUUCAUAUUUUUCAACCUCUCUCGUUUCCUAAAUUAUUCCCUUACCUUAAUCAGGUUAUGUCAAUGUCUGAAAAUCACGCUCUGGAUAUUUCCCACGAGGCCCUACAAUAUUGGAAAACACUCUAUUUUUUGCUGCAAGGUUAUAAUUCUGUGAAAAAAGUACGGUUCUUUCAUUAUUUUCACCGAUGGAUUUUUCAACAUUUAUCGAAAUCUUACAUUAAUCCCGAUAUUAAUAAUUUUAUGUACUCCACGUCCUUUUUUGAUGAGCUUAUAAACAUAAUCAUUUUUUUAUAUUUCAAGAAAGUAUCACCUCUUUCCAUAAGAUCUUGCAAUGAGCUUACACACGGCCACUCGCUUACCUUCUUAAAAAAUGCUUGGACAUAUCUCAAAUGUCAGGAACUAAAUUUUCGUGGGUCACAAUCUAAUGAACACGUUAAUCCGAAUAUGCAAAAUGAAUGGAAUAAUGUAGAAGAACUACAAAAGCUAGUUGAAAUCUUAGAAAACAAUUUGAGAAUGAUCUUAGCCGGCUUGAAUGAUAAAUACUCGACUAAAGAUAUACAAAGCCUGGAAGGAAAAUUAAAGUUACUUGUAUCUUUAUUCUUUCUGCAUGUUACUCUUAAGUAUAUGAUGAAUGCAUUCCAUCAAAGUGAGCCAUAUACUUCAUGCGCUCAUUUUGAGAACGAUGUUUUUACGGUAAUUCACAAUUAUACGAAGGAUUUUGAAACUUCAGAGGAGCCUAUUGCUUUAAUUUUAGCUAGAGCUUUACAACUAACGGUAAUCGUUUCCGAUAAACUAUUAUGCCUUGGUGAUAAGGUAGUUGAGUUGAUUUCUUCUUCUUCUUUAUCCUCGCUGCUUGUGUUCAUUUUAAAAAAGUGCUCGAUCUUUCAAAGUAGUGAUGCUCAACCGCUAGACAUAGCUGAUGAAGAUUUUCAGGACGAUAUUUCUAUGUACAGACCCGAAACUCUUGUUAGAUCUGCCACCUCUAUAAAUGAUAUAGAGGACUCACAAAGACAGAAAACUAUUGAUAGCAUAGUGUAUAUCCAGCAUAAUUUGGACCGCAUGGCUCACUAUAAUGAAAAUGGGCUUCGUAACAUUAUUUAUUUAUGUGAUUCUCGGAAUUUUUGUUAUCUCUCAUCUUCAUUUUAUCAAUAUUUUUACAACGUUGCAUGUGUUUCUGAGUCAAUAGUUCUGAAUUCGCUCCAAAUAUUCGCGCAAAAAAUCUUGAUGGACUACUCUUUCGAACGAGAUGAGUGUUACCUACUUCAAUUUUUAAGUAUUUUUCGUUGUUUAUUAAAUUCUCAGGUACCUUUUGGCCCUUCUUUGAGAAAGCUGAUACUGAAGAUUACUAAGUUCAUUCGAAAAGUGAUGCUCGAAAAUGGGUACUCUUCUUCUACUGGAAGAAUUAUUUUAUAUGGGUUUUUACUGGAUUUUUCUGAAGAAAUCUAUGAAAUCUCUUCCGUACAUGAUUUGAAAACGACAUUUAAACAGUUUAUUCUUGACCCCGAACCCAUAGUCAUUUUUCAGUUAAGUCCUAACAUUUCAAGACUUAUAUUUAAUGCUAAGCGUGAAAGUCUAAAGGAAGUAAUGGAAGAAUUUGAGUCUUUGGUGGUUCCUAAUCAUGAAAGUAGAAGGUUUGUAUUGACUCGUUUUAUUGUUUUUCUGGUCUAUACUUUGAAUUUCAAUCGGCCGCAACUGUUACUACAACUCUUAAAAUUUUCUAAUUCAAAAGAAGGGAGUAAUGUACUUAACUACCUUUUAACAGCAACUGAAGACUAUAGGUUCGGUUUAAGAAACCUUUUCAAAACUUAUAGAUUUGAACUCUUUCGGGUUUUUGUGAAUAAUGAUCUACAAUUUACAAAAAACGAUUUUUUUGAAUUUCCCUUUCAUUCUCUUUAUCCUAAUGGAUUAACAUUUAUGAAGGACAAUAUUGAACCGAUGUCUUUAGUCCUUCUUCUAACUGGAAACCAGAGGUUAGCGCAGCUAUUAUGCUCCAGAAUUUCUGUAUCUUCUACAAUAAUUCAAGAAAGACUUGCUUCAAGGCUAAAUGUUGCAAAAAUCCUUAGCAAUAUUGAAGUUUCGAAUGAAAAUCUACUUCGUCCUUUGAAUACGCGAUGUAAACUUGAUUUCCCAAAUCUAGUGGAUUCCAUAAUUUUUUCUUUGUCCUUUAUUAAAGACUAUAAUGAAAUUGGAGCAAACUUAAAAAAAAUAAGCCCUUCUGUUUUCGUUGUUUAUGAGCAAUUAUUUAUCUUUGAAGAAGAAUGUCUGGACUUUGAUCUUACAAAUUAUUUUGGCUUUCAAUCAAUGGGGGUUAUAUAUUAUCUUAACUAUAUUAGCAGCAUGGUCGAGUCGUCUACAUUUGUGUACUCUCUAAUGUGCAUAGUAAUUAGGACAAUCGGUUUACGGGUCUAUUGGGAACCAGAUAGCAAUCUUUUAAAGCAUUGCAUUUACCAGCUUUGCCUAUUCUUGUCUUUCUUUGAUAGGUUUGUUAAGCCGAAUUACGUUAUUAUGGUAAUAGUAAGUCUAGCUAAGGAACUGAUUCAAAUAUCUUCGUUGGCUUUCCUCGGCAUUGGAAUCAUAAGGUAUUAUUUGAAACGGUUUCAAAUAGAAAGCACAUUCGAUUCUGUGUAUCUUGUCAAUGUUUGCACAGAGAUAUUAGGUUCAUGUCAUAAUUCAACGUAUUUGACCAAAGACACAUUGAGUUAUUUUUACGGUUGGUUCAGCGGCUUUUCUAAUAAUUUAUCGCCUUCGCUAGAUGUUGAGAAUGGAUUUGGGUUUCUUCGCUGCUAUGCAAAUUUUGUUCAGGCUUUGCCAGUAGAUUGGAACAACUGGACUCCCAUUUUAGAAUCAUUGUUUUUAGGAAAAAGAAUCCUUCCCGUAUUGCUAAAAGAAAGUAAUACUUCUCUAUAUUUUUGGCAAUCACUCUGCUCUUGUCCCCUCAAUGCCUUUGGAAAAGCGCUACCAGAAAUAUGUAAAUACCAUGAGUUAUGCGAUAUAUCUAAAUUUCCUGAUUAUCUGAAAACUUACUAUUCGAAUAUGAUGGGAUCAUCUUUCCUUUCCUUAACCGAUGAGACGAAUGAAUCAACAAUGAAUGACGAGUAUAAUAUUGACUAUGAAAGUACUACAUAUUCCAGUAUGAGAAAAAAUGUUUUUAAACGUAUCUUGAGAGAAGUCGGAUUACUUUUAUUUUCGUAUAAUUUUUUUUACGGAUCCUUCAUUGAAAGUAGCAUAAGGCUUUUUUUACACGAGGACGUUGAUCAUGAGUAUGAGAGUUGCUUACCUUUUGGUAACAGCUCAAUUUUAUACGAAGAAAAAGGUAUGAUAGAUAUUCGAAAGCCUUCAAACGACAGCAGCCUAUUUAAUUCUGAAAACGAUCAACUCUUCUUGUGGGUAGACACUGCCGUUGCUGAAUUAUUAGCACAACUGGAUAAGACAAACGAAGUACGGGCUCUAUCUUUAUUGAAUACGGAAAUAAAAGGAGUUUCCCUUCAUUUUUUCCAUUAUAUUGUGCAUAUAGUUUUGCUUGAUCAUGAAUUUCAUGGUCGAAAUAAAACCGCCUUCAAUUAUAUCAAUUCAUUGAUUUUCGAAGGUAUAGAGCAAGCAAGAGAAAAAUCGGUACGGGAAUUAUGCAUGAAAGUAUUACUAUAUCUUCGGAAACAACCAAAAGUUCAUGAAAGCACUCCUUUUGCAAGAAAUUUUUGGCUUAAGACAGAUUACUUGGUUGCAUCGGAAGCAGCGUAUCAGAGUGGUCUUUGCGAACAAAGCUUGCUAUUUCUAAAUUUGCAUCAAACGGAUACCCUUGAGUUUAAUAAGUCUCAUCUAUCGAAUGUGUUAACGGGAUUAGAUUGGCUAGAUGUUUAUUAUGGAAUACAUCGAGAAAGUAACUUCCGUAAUAUGUUAAUGAAAGCUGUUCAUGAAAAGAAGAGUUUUUCGGCUAUAUCGUAUCUGGAUGCCAUGAAUUUUAUUAGUUCACAAUCAAUCCCUGAUACAAAAAUGACUAUGUCUAACACUUUGUUAAAUGGCGGAUUUUACAGUUUGAAUGAAAGCUAUGUCGACUGCUUGAAGAGUCAAAAUUCUAUCGAUGAAUGUAAUAAUGAAAUUUACGCUUCUGCUUGGAGAAUGCAAAAAUGGGAUCUGCCUCCUGUAGGUGAUGAGACAGAGUUUGAUGGAAGAGUCUACGGAUUAUUGCAAAGCGCGUACGAUUCGGAUUCAAAUGAGUUGGAAUUACGGGUUAAUGAUUUUAUAUGUCGAUUUAUGAGAGUUAAUUGUCACUCCCGUGAGAAAGAAACUUUAUUGUUUCACUCUCUGAUCUCUGAAUUUACUUCUUUUCUAUUCAAAGAAGGGUGGAACAUGAACGAAGACCUCCAUGAUAGAUUAAUUAACGAAAAGAUGCUGAUACUUGAGCGCUAUGAUUAUAUCGAACCUUUAUUAAGUUUUCAAGACGUUGCUUUUACUUUAUUAGAAAAUCGUGCAGAGCAUCUGAACCAAUCUAAUCUGAAAGAGAUUCGGAAGAAGCACAUAUUAGCAUUACUUAAGAAUGGAGAAGUGUAUCUUCUCACGGGAAAGUUACAGUUGGCUUUGUCUACAGCAAUGUCCAGUGAUUCAUUGUAUAGCUUGCACCUCGUGAAGGAUACGAAUAUACGCCAAAAGAUUGACUUUUUAACAUCAAGAAUAUUAUGGCAAAAAAAUGAAACGUCGGAUGCCAUUUGCUUACUUAAACAGUCUUUAGAUAGUACUGAAUGUUCUGCCUCGGUUUCAUCUUUAUGCUAUGCUUAUCUGGGAAAGUGGUUGUUUUCUACUAAGUCGGAAAAAACUGAAUUCAUCUUAGAAAACUGCUUCGAAAAGGCCAUUUCAUACGUGUCGGACCUGGAUGACACCACUUGUUCAAAAAUUCAUUAUAUGUUUGCUUCAUUUUGUGAUGCGAAUUAUUCAAGCCCUGAACUUAAUGAGGAGUUUAGAAGGGCGGAAAGGCUUUAUCUUGAAAAGAAGGAUGACAUUUUACAAUUGGAGGACUCUCUAAAAUUAUGCAAGCAAGAAAAAGAGAAGAGAAUUCUGAAACAUCAUUACUUGAGAGAAAUGGCGGCACUCCUUUCAGACCAGCGAGAAUAUCAAACACUUUGUGCUUCCAAAGAUAUGAUGUUAAAAAAGGGUAUUAUUCAUUAUUUAAAGAGUUUGUUAAAGAGUGAUGAAAACGACGUUACAAUAUCUAGGUUUUGUAUUAUGUGGCUUUCAAACUCUAGUUCGGAAACACUUAAUGUUGAGAUUGAGGACCAUAUCUUGGAAACGCCUCGUAAGAAAUUUAUCCCUGUGUAUUAUCAGUUGGCUGCAAGGCUUCUCAAUGAUGGCAGCAAGUUUCAAAAACUACUCGGAAGAAUAUGCUUAGAUGUUGCUCAAUUGCACCCUUAUCAUUCACUUCAUGUGCUUUACUCUUUAAUUUCCAGCCCAUCCGAAGCAGAAACUCGAAAUGGGGAGUCACGAUUCGCUGCGGUUCAAAAUAUCAUGAAAACUUUGCAAACUUUUGGGGAAUCUAAAUCAUUAAUCGAUAAGCUUUUAAAGGUUUUUAUGAAUUAUGUUACCCUUGCUGAAUGGAACCCUCGCAGUAAAACCGCUAGUACAUCAUUCAGCCGCUCCCCUUGUGCUGCGUGGUUUUUGAAUGAUUUUCCACAACUAGAUUUAGCUCCCAUAACUUCACAUUUGGCGAUUAAUGAUAUGGCGAACUAUUCUGAUGUGCCUACAGUCGUUUCUUUUUCUAAUACUAUUGGAUUUGCUUCUGGUAUCAAUGUUCCAAAAAUCGUGAAAUGUACCAGCUCCGAUGGAAGAAUACAUAAACAAUUAGUGAAGGGAGGAAAUGACGAUUUACGACAGGAUGCAGUAAUGGAACAAGUAUUUGAGCAAGUGAACGGAUUUUUGAAAAACUACAGAUCAACAAUGCAAAGGAAACUGACUAUGAGAACUUAUAAAGUAAUUCCCUUAGCAUUAAAAACGGGUGUUAUUGAGUGGGUAUUGAAUACGGUUCCUAUGGCUGAAUAUUUAGAUCCUGCCCAUAAGCGCUAUUAUCCUAAAGAUUGGUCUUUGAAUGUCUGUCGGAAAUUGAUAGUAGAAAAGCAGAUGGAAGAUACAGGCACUCGUCUGAAGGUAUUCGACUUGGUUUGUAGGCAUUAUCAUCCUGUAUUUCGUCAUUUUUUCUUUGAAAAGUAUCCGGAUCCAAUGAUUUGGUUUAGAAAUCAGACAAACUAUUCAAGAAGUACUGCAGUCGCAUCCGUUUUAGGAUAUGUUUUGGGACUUGGUGAUCGACAUGCGAAUAACAUAUUAGUAGAUGUAACGUCAGGACAGGUGGUACAUAUUGAUCUUGGUAUAACGUUUGAGCAGGGAAAAAAAUUACCUGUGCCAGAAUGUGUUCCAUUCCGAUUAACCCGAGAUGUUGUAGACGGUAUGGGUAUAACAGGUGUAGAAGGUGUAUUUCGCCGUUCCAUGGAGUUUACACUUGAAACUCUCCGACACGAAGUGGAAUCGCUAGUCUCCAUAUUAGAGGUGCUGCGAUAUGAUCCCUUAUUUUCAUGGUUAAUAUCUCCUAUACGAAGGAUGCGGAAACAGAAGCUGCAAAUAGUAAGUUCAGAGAAUGAAGAGGAUAUGGAAGAGACCACUUCAUCUAUUUACAAAGAUCCUAAGAGAAAACGUAUAACGCAGUCUGUGGAAAGCGAAGCUGAAAGGGCACUUUUGGUUGUAAAAAAAAAACUGUCCAACACUUUGUCAAUAGAAGCUUCGGUCGGUGAAUUAAUACGCAUUGCGCGGGAUCCAAGUCAGUUAUCUCUCAUGUUCUGCGGAUGGUCUGCGUUUCAAUGA